AUGGAGCUCUCGACUAUCCUGAUCAUCGCUGCACUUUUCAUUGCCUUCCGAGUCAUACAAGCGCGCCGCGACGCCUCGAAGCCCAUGAUGUCGCACGGAAAGGUAGCCAACAUUGACAACCUCGCCGUUUUCAAGGCACUCACCUCCGAAGGUCCCGCCGUUGUGGACUUUUAUGCAACCUGGUGUGGGCCCUGCCGCGCAGUGGCUCCCAAGGUCGGCGAGCUGAGCGAGAAAUACCAGAAUGUGCGCUUUAUCCAGGUCGACGUUGAUAAGCUGCGCGAGGUCGCGUCGCAGUUCCAGGUUACUGCCAUGCCCACCUUUGUUUUCUUGAAGAAUGGCAAGGAGGUUGGUCAGCGCGUGCGUGGUGCGGAUGUCCGUGCUCUGGAGGCUGGUAUCCAAAGUCUUUCGGCAUAA